AUGGACAAUAAGUUCAAAAGACCUCCAUAUCCUUCCGACAGCAAGUUCGCAUCCAAGAAAUCAGCCAGCGGUGGCACACCCCCCACACGCUUGGGCGACUUUACCUCACCCAAGCCAGAUUCGCUUCCCAGUCAACGCCCGAAUCAAAAUCCCCAAGAAGCGAAAGAAACACAAUGGGAGAUCAUGUCUGCGAACGAAGCUUUCGCCAAGUGCGGGUUCGGCUACGGGGCGAAGACUCAGGAGUGGUACCUCCUUCUUCGCGAAGCUGAAGACUUAGGGCUCGCGAGGUUCCUUGGAAGGGAAGACAUGGGCGGUUUUGGCGGGCGCCCUGACUCAUUAAUGUAUUCCUUUAGCCCUCAGUUCUUCGUGGAGGUUGACAAGAUGAUGGGGCGGGAUAUCAAAGUAGAGAAAAGCCCCGUUUAUUCAAGGAUAUCUCACGGGGUUUCAAAGGGGGAUAGGCGAGCAGAGAAAGGACAGCAGAACAGAAGCGAAGAGAGAUGGCAGACUAUGUCAAUAGCUGACGCCGUGCGCAAAAGUGGCUUCGGAGAUAUUGCAAGUAUGACAGCGAACCCGGAUUUUUUUCUGGUGUUCCAGCGGGGUCUGAGAUUGGAUCUAGUGAGAGGGUCGGGGGAGAGGAAUCAGAUGGGCUUUGAAAUCUACGAGUUUAGCCCUGAGUUUUUUAAGAAUAUUGAUACGCUGUUGAGGGAGGGUGAAGCAGAGAAAGACAAUGUGUGGCCUCAGCGGCAGUCUUAUGGGGGAUGUUCUCAAGGAGGAUCUCGUCCAGGAUGGUAUUAA